AUCGUGUGUGGUUCCAUGGUAGGGCCCAAGCGGUCAUCGCUCGCAGAGACAGUGGUCCAUUAUUGUACACAAAGAGCCAUUGUAGAAACACAUGCUCUAUGGAAGGGACUUCCGCGUGUUUUUUAUUUUUUUUCGAAUCGAUUCGAGAUGGCUAUACAAGCUAUUGUAUUCCACGUUAACUUACGCAAGCGAGAACUCUAAAAAUUGUUUAAAAAUUAACAAGGAAUUGAGGUUGUUUUCAUAGAAGAAACAUUGCAUAAAAUUGUGAAGAUGGUUGAAGAGUUGAAGAUAUUAAAACAGGGUGCUGAAGCAAAGCUAUAUUUAUGUACCUACCUGGGGAAGCCUACAUUGAUAAAAGAAAGGUUCAAGAAAAACUACAGACACCCAGAUUUGGACGCGACAAUCACCAAAGAGAGAAUCAAAAACGAAGCGCGAUCUAUCGUUCGUUGCAAAACCGCAGGUGUUAAAACGCCUACAUUAUAUUUAGUAGAUUUUGAACGGAGGCGUAUAUAUAUGCAGCAUUUUGAAAACAGUAUUACUGUUAAAGAUUUCAUCAUAAAUAUUGUGAAUAAGCAUGUCGGAAAUGGGGUAGGUGAUAGCGUAAACUAUUUGGAUGAUGUUGCUAGACUUAUCGGUGAGACGGUACGACAAAUGCAUGAGAAUAAUAUAAUUCAUGGAGAUUUAACCACUUCUAAUAUGCUGCUUGUUGAGAAAACUGAAAGCGAUGAAAAUGGUGACUUAAAAUGGCUAAGAAAAGAUAAUUUGGAAUUGGUUAUGAUAGAUUUUGGUUUAUCUUUCAUUGAUUCGAGCACCGAAGACAAAGGGGUUGAUUUGUAUGUGCUUGAGCGAGCAUUGAUAAGCACACACAAUGAUUGUCCGGGAUUGUUUGACAAGAUUCUGGAAGCUUACAAGAAGUUUAGUAAGAAUAAUGUUAAAGAAAUAAUUAGUAAGUUUGAAGAAGUGCGAGCUAGAGGCAGGAAGAGGACUAUGGUUGGAUAGACUGUUGAAUAAAGUUUUGUUUGUUUAA